AUGUCAUCAGAACCAAAGGAUACAGGGGAUCCGGCAACGGAGCCAGUUGUCCAAUUGGAAAGUAUCCAAGACUGUUCCGUAGAAAUUUCGGACCUAGAGGAAAACCUAACCAAGAGAAAACUCGAGCUUGAUCCUGAAAGUGAGCAGGAUGAGAAGAAAAUCAAGUUGACUACAGAAAAUGGAACUGAAAAGAAAAUAACGAAAAAGGAAAUUCAGCGAAUCGAACGGCAGAAGCAGCGAGAGUUGGAAAAACUCGAAAAGGACAAGAAGAAGGAAGAAGAACGUCUUAAGAAAGAGGAAGAAAAGCGUUUGAAAGAACAGGAAAGACAACAAAAGCUUGCAGAAAAAGAAGCUGAACGUGAAAUGAGACGUAAAAAGUUGGAAGAAGAGAAAUUGGAAAGAGAACGCAAACGUGAAGAAGAAAAACUCGCAAAGCAAGCUGAAAGAGAAGAGAAAGAACGUCAGAGGUUAGAGAAAAAGCGAAAGACAGAGGAAGAAAAAGAACGCAAAGAAGCCGAGAAGAGAAGGGCCGAGGAAGACAAACGGAGAGCCGAGGAAGCGAAGGAAAGAAGCCAGAUGAAAAUCUCAAGCUUUUUCCAACGAAGACCAGUAUCCAAAUCUGCAAAAGUGGUAGAUCAAGAAGUUGUUUCCAAAAAUGGAUCAGACUAUGUAUCCGAAUUCCUACCCUUUUUUGUACAGAAGAAUAUGGUUAUGGCUAGCAGUGGACAGCUUGAGAGCACGAAGCUAGAAUCAGCGAGGCGUAGCUUGGAUAUCACCCUCCGGGAGUCCAAUAGCAGUAGUGAUAUUAAAAGCUACUUUUCGUCUUUCAGGAAGAGCGACAAAGUUAUAGAAAAGCCAAUUACACCGGAAACGAUUGUUUCUGCACUCAAUUCAUCAACGACAACGGAAUCUCAGCUCUAUGACAUGUUGACCCGACUCCCUCCUAUAAAGUAUAUCAGUUUCUAUGAGAACUCCAAGCCUCCCUAUGUUGGUACAUGGUGUUCGGAAAUUCACCAGAACAUUGUCAUUCCUGUUUCCAAUCCUAUAGAUACGUCGUUGACGGGAUUUGACUACGAAUACGACUCAGAUUUAGAGUGGAACAAGGAGGACGAUGAAGGUGAAGAUGUAGACAACGAAGACGACGACGACGAAGACGAGUCCAUGAUUCUUGAAGAUGACGAGCUCUCCGAUUUUGUCGAGGACAACCAGGAAAUGAACAGAGGAAAAAAGUUCCAUUCACUUGUAGUAAUCAACAAAUGGAACGAUGGAACCAACGACGACUAUUUCAGUAAACUCACUUCUGUUCCGUUGGUGACAAAUCUUCAAUUUCCCAUUGAUCCGUUACAAGACUACUGGAAUUCUGGUAAGGCGGAAAGUGUACAAAGCUCACCUACAAAGACAAUCAAGGCUACUGUCACAGCCUCCGUAGUGUCAUCGAUUGGAACAACGGAAACACCCAAUAUUCUCACUCCUCAGAAGAAAAUUAUAGAAGAUUCCAAAAUUGUAGCCGAAUUGAUUACUUUUGUGGAGAAUAAUAACGACUUCACAUUGGGUACGUUGGUUGAAUUAUCCAAGAAGGAAUUCAAGCAAUUCACCAAGGCUUUACUAAAGAACACGAUCCAGAACAUUGCCGAUUACAACAAGAAGACAACUAAUUGGGAAAUUCGGCCCGAAGUUAAAGCAAAGUAUAUAGCGAGUUUGUAG